AUGACAGAUUCGGAUAAGUACGUGAGAGCGGGCCACAUUCUUCACGUGUACAACGUGACACGUUCAGAUGCUGGGAUCUACACGUGUCACUCGAGGCAGAUCUCACCUCGUAUGUCACACGUGGACUCGUUCAAGAUCAACGUAACGGUCCUGCAUCCACCACAGUUCACGAUCGCGAACGACUCAGAACAUUUUGGCUUCGUGCAAGGAGUGGCAAACUUGAGCUGUUCAGUCGACGCAGAUCCGACCGCUAAUUUCACGUGGUAUAAGGACGGCCAAGAGCUAAGAGCUAAGCUUAUUUUUGAGGAAAAAGAAUCAGAUGACUACAGUUGGCUUCUGAAAACCAGACAAACUCUAGACCGUAUCGUGUCUCAGGACAGCCACAGCAUCGCGCUGUCUCUGCGUGUCGGGGACCAAGUCUCUGACGAGGGCCAGCACAUCACAGGCUAUGCGGUGCUUUAUAAGAAGGGUGGCGACAAAAGCAGCCUUAUGCAUCACUUCCAUAAAGACGGACCUUUCAUCCUAACCGACCUGCAGCCUGCGACCGUGUACGUACUGCAGGCUGCUAGCCGAAACAUAGCCGGGAUGUCGCCAUAUUCAGAGCAGAUCGUGCGCCGAACAGACAACCUCACCACGGCCAGAGUUGCGGCCGUAAGCGCUGCUUCCAACGGCCAGUUAUAUCAUGUGUUGUUAUUGCUCGCUUUUUAUGCCAAACUUAGAUAAAAUUAUGUUUACAAAUUUUUUAAAAUCACUGAGAAUAAAGAAGGUGUUUAUAUUAUUAAAAUACAGCAUCACCACCGCCAGAGUGACCGCCGUCAUCGCCAUUUCUAAAGGCAGGUUCAACCAUCUGUUGUUAUUGCGUUCGCUCUUCAUGCAAAC